UUAGUAGUAACUUAAUACAGCUCUGAUAUAGUGUCAGAGAGUGAACAGUAAACAGUGAGACUGCUAUCAAUGAGAUAAAAUUUACAUGAAUUAUAUGCUGCAUUGUUUACUGCCUUCCCUUGUGCUUAGGUUGGCAACCUCCAGAGGGGGAUUUGGCGGACUCCGCUGCUCCCAAUAAAAACUACUAUAUAGAGAGAUAUUUACUGCUCGUCAAUAUAUUGAAUGGCUUUUGCAGAAAAACAUGCUGACCAUAAAUAGUAUCAAAAAUGGGGUUUGAUGUCAUGAAAAUCUUGAAAAUUAUAACUUUAAAUUAAAAUGUUACCUGUAGGCCUUCAUUUAUUUACUAGGCCCCUAGUGUCCAAAUGACUGGCACAGCAUUGUUUUGGCUGAUAACUGAUAAUAAGGCGCAAGAUUACUUGUGGACUUAAGUGUCCACACCUCCUGGUAUCCAAUAUACACCCCUGUCAUGAGCCUGCUUAUUUAUCUUCUCCUGCUACCCACCCCCCACCUGUGCAGGCCGUGCAAACGGCAGGCUGGCCGUCCUUUUAUGGUCUCAGUUUCCUUCCUGGAAGCUUCAGUUGGAUGAGAAGAGGAGAGCAGAGCACAGAACAGCACACUUCGUUUAUCCUCCAGCAGCGCUGCUGCGCGCUACGCUCAGUCUGCAUCUUUCUGGAACAUUCAGUUUUUUUUAAUCCAAAGAAAUGACAAUGAUAAAUAUGAAAUAAUUAUAGUCGUCACUCGUUGGAUACAGAUGAUUUUUAUUUCCCCGUGUGGUGUUUUUCUCUCUUGUGUGUUUCCCUCGCCGAUAAGUCUGUGGAAUGGUCUGCGUUUUCUCUCCUGGGUCGUUUCCACUUCAGCAUGGGAACUGCGGUGUCCAAAAGGAAGAAUCUGAGGAGUGAUGCGAUAUCUUCCGUGGCCGCAAAAGUUCGAGCAGCCAGAGCAUUUGGAGAAUACCUGUCCAAUACCAAUCCAGAGAACCGCAACGGAGCAGAUCAUCUCUUGUCUGACACCUUCCCCGGCCAGGACUGUGACUCUCCAGACGUCAGCCGCUUGCAUAACAACAAUCUGCCACCACAAAGCCGCUGUUUGCCCAUAGCUAAACCCAACCAGUCCAGCCAAUCCAAUUCCAGUGCUCAUCCACAGUCUCAGCCUCAGGUCAACACCCUCCAGGCUCAAGCACCUUUGGGCCCCUCCAAACGUCGACUCUCUGUUGAGCGCAGCCUCUCCACAGAGAACCCACCAGGUGCCAGAGGCCCAGAGGGGAGCGUGGUGGUGAAACCGGCCAGGGUGUACACAAUCACCAGGGAAGGAGGGAUGACGCUGGGGGGCCGUGGCAGCGAGGAGAGCCUGGAGCUGGAGGUGCUGAAGGACACCAGAGAGCAGCCAUUGUCCCAGGCCCCUGCGUCUGCCAACCCCAACCCGUCCUGCACCAUCCAGCCGUCCGCCACAGCCGCGCGCGGUAGCCAUCACCGUAGUAGCCAUCACCGCAGCAACCAUCACCAUGCCCAUCAGCAUCAUGGAGGCCUGCCAUCAUCAUCGCAGCCGCUGCAGAGCUCAGGGAGUGCCAACAACAUCCGGGACUGGGGGAUGAGGAGAGGGGGGUCGCGGGACGACUACACCCCAGACUGCGUGGCCUGCAUUCGGGCUCCAUGUCAAAGCCAGCGCUCCCUGGACCUGGAUACCUCACCGCGAGAUGCAGGGAAGCAUCGCAAGAAACUGGAGAGGAUGUACAGCGAGGACAGAGCAUCUACCGAUGACAAGGAGGACAAUCCUAAUAGCUGGUUCCCCAAAGAGAAUAUGUUCAGCUUUCAGACAGCCACCACCACCAUGCAGGCAAUAUCGGCUUUUCGAGGCAUUGCUGAGAGAAAGAGGCGGAAAAGAGAGCAGGAGGCAGCCACCACGAUGGAGAGAAAUUUCCGCAAACACCUUAGGAUGGUCGGCAGCCGCAGGAUGAAGGUCCAGACCUUCGCCGACCGCAGAGCCAAGAGUUUCAGCCGCUCGUGGAGUGACCCCACCCCCGUCAAGCCUGACUCACUGCAUGACUCCAGAGACAAUGGCGAGCUUCAGACCUCCUCAGGGACACUAGAUGAAGGGCCGGAUGAGGAUGCUGACUGGGAGGAGGAGAGGGAGAUGGAGAGAGUGGCCUGUGAAGGAGAGGACUUCAUACCACCUAAAAUCAUGCUGAUAUGCUCCAAGGUCCCAAAGGCCGAAUAUGUUCCCAACAUCAUUCGUAGGGAUGACCCCUCCAUCAUCCCCAUUCUCUAUGACCAUGAACAUGCCACAUUUGAUGACAUCCUCGAGGAGAUAGAGAAGAAGCUGACUGCCUACAGAAAAGGCUGUAAAAUCUGGAACAUGCUCAUUUUCUGCCAGGGAGGUCCGGGACAUCUGUACCUGCUGAAGAAUAAAGUCGCCACCUUUGCAAAGGUGGAGAAGGAGGAAGACAUGAUCCAGUUCUGGCGGCGGCUCAGCAGGCUGAUGAGUAAGCUGAACCCGGAGCCCAACCUCAUCCACAUCAUGGGCUGCUAUGUGCUGGGGAGUGCAAAUGGAGAAAAGCUGAUUCAGACUCUGAAGAGGCUGAUGAGACCCUCCUCGGUCGAAUUCAAGUCCCCACUAGAGCUGUCUGCACAGGGCAAAGAGAUGAUCGAAAUGUACUUUGACUUCCGUCUGUUCCGCCUGUGGAAAAGCCGUCAGCACUCAAAGCUUCUGGACUACGACGACCUCUUGUGACUUCACCCACCUUGGCUUGUCGGCUAGUUAUCUCACAUCUGAGCCUACUGUACGGUGACAGGGCGUUUGGUUGAAGGGCCACCGAGAGGCUCCUAGACCGGCUCUGUGGCAGAGCUGGAGCAGCAGCGCAGUUGGGUCUUUUUUUCCCCUUCUGAAGCGACAGGGUGGCCCUGUAGAUUCAGCCAGCGGUGUACUUUUUCUCCCUUAUCCAUUUUCACUUUCUGCCUAUCUCUCUGAGAAUAGAGAAAGAGAGGGACAAGAAAAAGGAGGAGAAGCGAGGGACUCAUCACCCUAGCCUAAAUGUGUCAGAAGACGCUAACUAGAGUUAGAUUCCUGAGUUCAGAGAGGAUGUUACAUAAAAGAGUGACAGCAGAGAACAGAAAGAACUCCUCCUUUCUGAGUUUAGAGGGUGACAGAUUGUAUUUUUUUGCCUUUAGCCAACCUAUCUGCUCUUUAAAGAUGGAGGCUUAUAAGGAUGGAAGUAUUUUCUCUGUGUGGUGUGGAAGUUAUUCACAAGAGGAUUAGAGCUUAUAUGUAAAUAAACAAGUGCUUACAGGAGCAAUAGUGAAUAGAAUUCCAGCAUCUCUCUCCAUGCUAUCAUGUGAAAAUCUAGACAUUUAAUUAGUCUUAUUAAAAAAAUAGAGUUGUCUAUUUAACGCAGCUUUUUUUAAACUUCAAAUAAAUGUAUUAGUAUUUCAUACCGACUGUUGUAUUAACUCAGGUUAAAUCCCUUGUUUGAUACUAAGAAUUGUAGUCACUGUUGGCAAAAUACUGUAGAUCAGAAUCCAAGGCCUUCAUACUCCACACAGAGUCAUCUUCAGUGGAACGUUAUGACCGUCAGGGAACGUGUGUGUGAACGGCGGAGGUUUUCUACAUUUUCAUAGUCUUUCAAGUCAACUGUAGCCAAACAGACAGCUGUAUCCAUGCAUGUUUCAUAACAUCACAGCAUUACACUUGACCCUGCUGAGCCAACACUAGCUAUUCUUUCUUGGGCUGUUGGUUCGCGUGAGCUGAUCCUUUUUAGUGUUUGUAUUGCAUGUGUGUGUCCAUAGCUUACUUGCAUUUUGUCACUCGAUUAAGAGGUUGCAGGUGGAGACUAUGACACCAGACUCUUUGCACCUCAGCAGUGUCUUUAAAAGAAGUAGACAAAAAUACAUACUGAUAACAUACAUACUAUAUAUUCAAUUUAUUUCAACACUUCAUUUACUCAAAUUUUUUGAAGUAAAUUAGAAUUUCUUAUUUAAGACUUGAAUCACUCAAAGUAGCAAUGGAGUGGUAGAGGUGAUUUUGAGCUAUUUUUGUUUCUCCUCACCACCAAAUGGUCAUUUCAGUGUUUUUACUCUUAAAACCAGUGCUCUAGCAAAGUCAUUUCAGUUAAUAUCACAAUAUGAAGGUUUGUGUACAGGCCUUGUCAUACCCGUUUUUGGCAUCCAUUUUAAAACAUGAGGACAUUUUCGCUAGAGUUGAAAUGACAUGUAUUUUGUGUUAACAUUAAAAAACUUAAAGACACACUCCAGCGAUUUAGUAUUGCACUUCCAGAAAGAUUAGAAAAAGAAUCGUCAAAAUAUGUGCAGCAGAGGCCAAUAUAUCCUGACUUUUAAUCCCUACUAUGGGUCAAACUCCAAAAACACUGGAUCCUACAUUUCCCAUAAUGCAACUGGAAAGCGUCUUUUUAUUCCCCUCCCUGCCUGGUAAAUGUCUUUCAAACUCUGAACCCCAACUUUUGUGACACACUUUUUAUUAAAAAAAGUCUGAAGCCCAAGCUGAGAUGACAUCAGGGGGUAACUUCAAAGUGAACUGAUCUUCAUGUGUACAAAAAUAAUUGGUAGAGCUCCCCUUUAAAACUUCACCAGGCAGGUGUCAUUAAAAGUUUUAUACACUGUCCUCCAUUAUUUCAGACUUGGACUAUUGUAACCCAUUUUACAACAAAGGCCAGUUUUAGCCUGAUGCUGCAUUAUUGGCCUAAUCUGUAUUUAUUAAAAAAUUGUUCUACUUUUUUAAAACAAGGGCUUACCCCAUUGUACUGUAUAGCUAAAACAUACUCAUACUAAUGGUAAAUAACUAACUGCUGCAUUACUUACCUAAUUAUUUUAAAGUAACAGUAAAGGUUUUGUGGGAGAGUGCUGUUUUAAAGCUUAUAUAAAAUUUGGAACAGUAUAAUUGCUGGUAUUGGUACUAAAUAAGUGUAGUGUCAGAUAGGAUGAGUGACAUUUACAUUGCUCCAUCUCAAGCUUGUGCUGAGGUGGCCAUGUCUUCUAUUAUACUAUGUAUCCCCCUGCAAAUAUGCAGCUUCAUCAUUUGAUGAAACUCAUUGUAUGUGUGUGUUCUCGAACUUCUAUGUUUCUGCAGACCGAAUGUCCUCACAAAGAUAGGACAGAAUGAGGAGAAUCCACCAAAAGGGAAGACUUUUUGCUUGGAUUUAGAUUAAAGUUAAGGAAUGAUUCGGGGGAGGGAUUUCAAGUAUAGAAACACAAUAUGUGUCAUUCAUCCACAUACUGUAUGCUUCCUAACUUCAUAUCCGAGCUUUCUUGCACAUUAUGUGUGUGGCAUAAACAUGGCUGACUGAGCCCUUUCACUGUUGCUUCCUGACCCAUGCAAGUCAACUGAGCUGUAAGAAGUGUUCAUUGCAUUGGAGUGUUUGAGUAGCUCUUGGCUAGCAGGAUCAAGAAGGGGGAUUCAGAUGCUAACACUAUUCAUCUUAAUGCAUCCAUGGACAUAGGGGCUCUAUAAGGAGAUAUUUGGACCAAAAUGGGACAUUUAAGCAUUUGAAAUAUCUCCUAAUUGCCAGCGAAGAUGUAAAACAUGCUAUUAAAAAUUAGGGAAGUUAGUAACUGUCUUAAGAGCACUGUUUUAUGGUAUAACUGCUUUCUACAGAUGGCAAUAUUCACUGCUUUGGAAGUGUGUCAAAUGAGAGGUUAAACUGUUUUAUCCAAAAUGGCUGAAUAGUUAUUUGAAAUGAAGCCCUUUAAGUGGAUGAAGGACAAAUUAGCUAUUUUUGAUUUUUCUAUUAUAAGAGUGGGCUGAUGUCUUUUUGUGUGUUUAAAUGAUUGAUGUAUUACUGUAAAUUAUGAUUAAUGUCUGUACUAGUGUUACACAAAAUGCUUAAACAUUCAUAGUGCUGUCAGCUUAUCGUUAUGCCACAAAGUAGCACAUAUCACUAGAUCACAAUUAAUUGUGAUACAGUAAUUUAAUAUAAUUACUGCAAACAACUAAGACCAUAGUGGUAUACAAUAUGUCAGACGAGACAAAAUUUCUGUUGAUACUGCUGCCAUGGGUUCAUUUUGUUAACAAUAUACUAACAGAUAGCAGCACAGGUUUGAGCACUUUAAAAAUAGCCCCCUCCUCCUGGUUUGUGUAAUAAAGCAAACCAACACAUAUAUACAUUUAUAAGUAUAUUUUUUUCAUAUUUUAACUUUCUAAUUAGUUGCUAUUUGCUAUUAAUACAAACUCAAAACUUCUUCCAUGUUCACCUAUUGUCUUGAUAAAUUCAGUAUAUUUCCACGGCAGUUUUUUUGAUCGUGGUUGAGCUACCGUCAAUGAAACUCAACACUUCCUGCACCGAUGUUUCACAUUAAAAGCCUUUCAGCAUCUCAAAGGGCAUAAUCCCCCCUAUUCUUCUUCUAUUCUAUGGUAGGCUUUUAAUUUGUAACAAAUGCUGGAAGUGCUGUGGUAACUUAACAGUGGUCGAAAAAAUGGCAAAGUAGGGACAAUGGCAUGUUGUUUUUGUACUGAUGGAAUUAGUGCUGUGGAAAUGUACAUUAUGGUAAUUCCAUCCCUCCUCAUUUUUUCACAUAGCCUUUAUUUAUUUCCCCUGCCGGCCAUGCAGUCGGCUAUUAAUUGAGACUCAGCUAUGAUUUGAAUACUGGUGGUUUGAAAAAUCACUCUGUUUUAUAUUAAUUUCAUACAAUUUCGUAUGGCCAGCAGGUGCUGCCACCUCUGCUGAUCAAGCUUGCUUGUUCACAGUGGUAACCUCAAAAUGAAUGUAGUGUCCAUUCAUGUUAAAAUCAUAGAACACUUUGAGGUUCCUUUUUCUUUUUGCUCAUGCAUUGCAGCCCAGAGGCUUACAUUUCUCAAACAUUAUGUCCUGACUGCUUUGGAUUUAUCAUGUGAGAGUGAACCUCGUGGCCUUUGCUGUUUUGUGUGCUCAGUUAUCUCUUUGCUUAAAGGUAGGAUCUGACCUUUGUAAUUGUUGUACAUUCAUGAUUUUGCUUCAUGAUGAUAUGUAUUUGUUUAAACAUCACCUACUCUUCAAACCUUUCUUCUGUAGCAAUAUACUGUGUAUGAAUAUUUCUGUAUGGUUAUUUACAUUUGUAUUAUGUACAAGAUAGGGAACAUUGUUCAAGGUAUUGUAUUAGUCUGUAAUAUCUAUGGAUUUUAAUGACUAUUGAUUUACAGUACUGUGGAUGAUGGACAGAAACAAAGUGACAAAUGUGUAGAAGACUAUGAGAGCUGAGUGCACUCUGCUCACUGCUUGCCUCUUUCAUAUUCUAUUUGAGUGCAUUCUAGCACUAAGCCUGCUCAUAGAAGACUCCUCUGCUUUCUCUUCUGCUGUGAGUUUAAAUAAAGGCCAAACCCCAGAGCCUAAUUACAUGCCUGCUCAAUUGUUGUAGCUGCAUCUCAAGUCAAUAUAUUUAAUCCUGCUGUUGUGUUGGGUUUAAUUGCAAGUUGAGUUACACUCAAAAUUGAUACGAGCUUGAUGGAUUUCUAACAAAUUUUCUGAUCACAAAGAAAGCGGAGACCUUGCUUACAGUAGAUCCAAUAUCUACUGUAGAGCUCAGCAAAUUCUCCCUGAGACUGUGAUCAGAUAAGAUAUUACCUCUCGCUGAAAUACAAAGCGUCACUAGUAACAUGAAGCAAGAGCUCAAGCAGUGUAAAAUGUUUGACAGCCACUCACAAGCUGUACAUUUGCACUGGCUAGCUAACCUGAAGUAGUAAAGCAGAUACCAUGCUGCAAAAGAAAACAAAAUUAGCAUCAGGAUGGUGCUUUAUGAUGUCCUGCGAGGGAGAACAUAACUUAGACUUUUAUCACCUGGGUCAGUACCUUUUAUGGGUCUAUUUCCACAGUGAUGUAAAGUGCAAAAUGUUCUUUAUGAUCACUAACUCACACCUCUUAUAGAGUUUCAUACAGAUCUAGGUGCAUUUACAUCUGCCUCUCGCACAUCUGCCUACUUCACAAUACACAGUCAUCUGAUCCAAAAAAAUAUUGUUUAUUGCAGCUUCACUCAUAUAGUAUGAGCAUUGGAGAAAGCAGGAGACCUCACCUAACAUAAUAUUUUUCAUAACAUUAAAGGAACUGAGCAGGGAUAACCUCAGAGUCAUACAAGGACAGUCUUGGCAAUCUUUUUUGGGUGCUGGCAACUUUGAGACAGCAGACAAACAGAGCCAUGAAGAGAUAACUCAGAUGUCAAGAGACUCUUUAAUGGAGGACUUGUAUUCAUAUUAGCGCAAAACCAUUACACUGGAGUUGACCGAGCGAGUGACGCACACAGUUCGACUUGUCGUGCUGGCUCACUGAAGCAGCCAUUUCCAUUUCCUGAGAACAUAAUUACACAAAUCAAGAGAUUGAUCCUUGAACCCCCCCCCCCCUCUCCUGUUAUUUUCCAAAUUAAACUGUGUGGCACCAUUGAGAAGAGACGAAAUUUCCCCUCAGUUCAAAUUAUUAAUAAGCAUUGUUGUUCCCUCCCUGCUGCUGCCCUCUUGCUGGUUUCCGUGAAGAUUGCCAGGGCUCGGUUGGGAGUGUGAUUGAGGAUGAUGGAUUGAUGCUGCUUUGAUUGCGCUGACACCUCCAGUGUGAUUGUAUUUUGGGAAGAGUGGAAAAUAAUGUGUUUACGUAACGUCUGUUUCACUUUGCAUCAACUUCUAAGUCAUGUAACUCAGCAUUACAUUUUGGGAUAGCUUUCUUAGACUAACAUGCAGUAGAGACUGUAGGAGCGACAGAUGUUACAAUAAGGCUCAAAAACAAGUUUAUCAUCCAUAUGUCUUGAUAAAGAAGAUCUUGUUUAUUAUGAAAGGUAUAAUAGCAAUUAACAUUACUGUAUCUGCUGAUUUUGAUACUAGUAAAAGUUAACAAUAUAUCUGGGUAGCUUUCCUGAGCAUUUGGGUUCUUCCUUAGAAUAGACAUUACAGAUGAAACUUUAAUCUGAGAUGGUAACUUAUUGUAUCUGAACUACUAGCAAAGAAAUGUUGUUGCAUUGCACAAUGUUGGUAAUAACCUGUGAGUUUUUAAAGUCUUUUGUCCCAGUAAACCUUAGUUCUACACA